AAAUCGUUCGUUUAGGUCUUUUAACAUUUACAGAUGGUUCACAUGGUUUGCCAAGAAAUGAAGGUCAUUUUGAAAAUAACAAAUUAGUACGACGUGAAAAAUGUACCGAUAUUAUACGAAAAGCUAUUACAUGUGCAGACAAAGCAAAAGUUCAACAUAUUUAA